AGGCGCGCUGAGAUUCAGGGCCACGUCACGCAGAACCCGGAUGUGCGUCUCGUAGUGUACGCGGAAGUCUCGUGCUUGUUGUAGCACCACAGCGGAGGAGGUUGGAAUCCUGACCCACGAAGUUUUUCCCGAUGAGUAAGCAAUGCUAGGUCGAGGAUGGGACACGCACUGUGUAUCUGCUCUCGCAGUUCCAUCACCAUCGACGACAAGAGAUACUACUUCAUCCAGAAACUUGAUGAGGGCGGUUUCAGUUACGUCGACCUGGUAGAAGGAGCACAGGAUGGCCGAUUCUACGCUCUGAAACGAAUCCUGUGUCAUGACCGCGAGGGACGGAAGGAGGCACAGACGGAGGUGGAGAUGCACCGACUGUUCAACCACCCCAACAUCCUGAGCCUGACGGGCCACGCCUUCAUGGAGCGGGGAGGAAAGAGCGAAGCCUGGCUCCUCCUGCCUUAUAUCAGUAAAGGAAGUCUGUGGUCCGUCCUGGAGAAGCUGAGGGAUAAAGGUAACUCCAUGCCUGAGAGCCAGAUCCUGCACAUUUUCCGUGGCAUCUGUGAAGGUCUAAAAGCCAUCCAUGACAAGGGAUACGCACACAGAGACCUGAAGCCCACCAACGUGCUGCUGGAGGAGAACGACAAGCCGGUUCUGAUGGACCUUGGUUCUAUGAACAAAGCCCGGAUCGAAGUUAAGGGCUCCAGAGAGGCCAUGACUGUACAGGACUGGGCAGCUCAGAGAUGCACCAUCUCCUACAGGGCGCCAGAGCUUUUCAACGUGGAGAGUCAUUGUAUCAUUGACGAAAAGACAGAUAUUUGGUCAUUAGGGUGUGUGCUGUACUCUAUGAUGAUGCUGGAAGGACCGUACGAUCUGAUAUUUCAGAAAGGAGACAGCGUCGCUCUGGCUGUCCAAAACCCGGUCGCCAUUCCACAACCAUGCAGCUAUUCUGAAGGACUCCAGACGCUCCUGAGCUCCAUCAUGGUGACGAACCCUCAGGAGCGGCCUAACAUCGACUGGGUGCUCGACCGCGUCAGAAACCUCCAGAGAUCGGACAGAGGAGCAAUCGAAACUGACAGAGUAUGACGAAGAGAGCAUGCUUUUAAUCUUUUAUCUAGACUGAUUUGUUUUCUUAGUAGGCACAUUGAGAAUACAUGCUCCAAACACACAUUCCCUCUCACACACACACACUCGCACACAAAUCCACCCACAUCAGCCAUGAUGAAGAACGUCAUUGAUCGAUUGUGUUGAACGUUGUCAAAGCUGGACCCUGCGAAUCUGGAUUCUCAGUGUUUUGUUAGCACUAAAGCUAACAACUUUUCUGCACCUGACGGUAGGAGGAGCUUAAAUUUAUUUGGCUCAUAGAUCACACAGCUGACCAUGUGACAUCACCAUAAGCCUUUUAUUUUUUUUAUUUUUUAUUUAGUGUAUAUUAAGUAGGCAUAUUAAGCUAAAUUCAACUACCCGAAAUUGAAAUUACCUUUGUCGCCAGCUAACUGCUAUUAGCCAAACUAUUACGCUGUGUAAUUACCUCAAGUAAGAACCAAUUAGCAAAACGCUUUCUUUUUAAGGAUUUAAGAAAAAAAAGAAAAAAUUUAAGAAGUGCUCGCGUACUGGUUAAAAUUAGGCUAGUUAUUAUCUUUUGUGGUGAAGAUGAUUAAAGAUGGUGAGCAUUUAAUUUAAUUGCUGUAGAAUUUUUAAUAUUAUAAGGCUAACAGUUAAGUUUUAUUAGCAAGCUAGCUAAUGUUAGGGACUUGUAUAAAAAGUUAGUUUUUAUACUUGACUAUGGCCAGUGACUAUUUUAUGCUAAACUGUACAUUAAAAGAAAGCCCCAAUUAAGAUAAUUAAGAUAAAAGAUGUGUCUUCUACUUUAAGUUGCAGUGUCUGUUCUAUUUUUUUAUUUAUAGAUCAACGGUUAAAGUACGUUUGUAAACAGUAAUGCUAAAAGUGUGUAUGCGUGAAAGACGAACCCGCUUUUAAACGAAAGCAUCCAAUAACCCUAGUGGACAUUUGCCACCUUAGCCCAUGUUGCAUUUCAUGAUAAAAAAAAAAACGGAAAACAAAUGUUAAAAUUAGCUAACUUUAAACAAGUAUGUAGUUAACGUUAGUUAGCUAUUUUUAUUAGAUACGCACCAGAAUUCUUCACUACAUAAUGUAUUGCCGUCCCCUUCGUCCACUGUUCGUAGUUUUCAGGUUCAGUCCCGUGUUCUCUUCAGAACAUCCUCACGGGUUUAGCGAGUGUUGCACAACACUAUGGCCGCAGUAUUAAUUUGUAAAGUAUUGUUAUAAAGGGCAAAUAUUAUCCUAAUUGUGAGCAGUGACGAUUCUGUCAUUCACUCUGGAGUGUGUAUCAUUGCGUUUUUAAAUGCUGCAUUGUGUGCGUGUCUGUUUUCUGUUUUGAAUUUUGCGAAACUGAAUUAAUGUGGUACAAGGUAAAAUCAUAUCAUUAUAAUUUCUUUUAUUAGUCCCUCUUGAUGACACUAACAUCACCCCAACUUUGUCUCAUCGGGCAACUUUAUAACCUGAAGUGGUGAGGACACGGAAAAUCUUAGUUUGCA